AAAAGACCUCCAUCCGCCGAAAUAGCAUUCAGCUAACGUUCUCCCGUAAAUAAAAACUGACAUAUUUUAGAUAAACAGACUACGUGUCUUUUCCUCAGUGCCUGACCAUGACGACCGGUGCUGAUGUGAGGGAUAUUCUGGAGCUGGCAGGAGGAGACAAUGAUUCAGGACCCAUCAGUAAGAAGGACAUCAUCAACUCAGACAAGAAAAAAGCCAAGAAAGUGACAGAGACUUUAACCUUCAAGAGACCAGAGGGAAUGCACAGGGAAGUUUACGCUUUGCUGUAUUCAGACAAAAAUCGGGAUGCCCCUCCACUUUUGCCGAGCGACACUACACAAGGCUAUCGGACAGUUAAAGCCAAACUGGGCUGUAAGAAAGUGCGGCCCUGGAAGUGGAUGCCCUUUUCUAAUCCAGCCAGAAAAGAUGGAGCCAUCUUCCAUCACUGGAGACGCGCAGCAGAAGAGGGGAAGGACUAUCCGUUUGCUCGUUUCAACAAGACUGUGCAGGUGCCUGUGUACUCAGAACAGGAGUAUCAGAUGUAUCUUCAUGAUGACGGAUGGACAAAAGCUGAAACUGAUCACCUGUUCGACUUGUGCAAACGCUUUGAUCUGCGGUUUAUCGUUAUCCAUGAUCGAUAUGAUCACCAACAGUACAGAAAGCGUUCUGUGGAGGAUCUUAAGGAACGUUAUUACUGCAUUUGUGGCAAACUAACAAAAGUUCGGGCAGGAACAGGAGCGGAGCCCAAGAUCUACAUAUUUGAUGCUGGUCAUGAGAGAAGGAGAAAAGAGCAGCUUGAGAGACUUUUCAACCGCACUCCAGAACAGGUGGCAGAAGAGGAAUACCUGGUCCAGGAGCUGAGGAAGAUUGAGACACGUAAGAAGGAGCGUGAAAAGAAAGCCCAGGAUCUUCAGAAGCUCAUUACAGCCGCUGAUACCACAACAGAGAUGCGCAGAGCUGAACGCAAGGCCACCAAGAAGAAGCUGCCACAAAAACGAGAGACAGAAAAACCUGCUGUUCCUGAAACCGCAGGCAUCAAAUUCCCAGACUUCAAAUCCGCUGGUGUUUCGCUGAGGAGCCAGAGAAUGAAGCUGCCCAGUUCGGUUGGACAGAAGAAAAUAAAAGCAAUUGAGCAGAUCCUGACAGAGCAGGGAGUCGACCUGAACCCCAUGCCCACAGAGGAGAUAGUGCAGAUGUUUAAUGAGCUGCGCAGUGAUCUAGUCCUCGUGUACGAGCUGAAGCAGGCCUACGGUAACUGUGAGUACGAACAGCAGAUGCUGCGGCACCGUUAUGAUGCACUGAUAAAAGCAGGGGGCGCCGUCACACCACAAAGCGAAAGUGGUGGAGGCCUGGACAGUCAAUCCUGGCCCUGUGCUGAUGACAUCAAAACCGAAGCCAAAGAGCAGAUUAUUGAUGUUGUUGGAGCUCCACUUACUCCAAACUCGCGUAAACGCAGAGAAUCAGCCUCCAGUUCCUCAUCUAUCAAGAAGGUGAAGAAACCGUGACACAAAUGACUUUGUAAACUCAAUUGGACAUUUUUGGUAGAGGAAAGAGAGAUGUCUGGCUCUCAGCUGUGAUUGCCUGUUUUGGUCGGGGUCAGAGGCUGAGGUUGUGGUUGUAGGUCAUCUGUUAUCUGCUCUUUUGAUGACCGCUCUCUCUCUCUCUGCUAAUGUAUUCAGCACAAUGACCACCAUCCCUCAAUCCCACCUGCUUCCCUCCUCUCUCCGUCCUCCACACCAAACCUGUACCAUGACACAGACCACCCUUGACAACCUAUUCCAUUAUACCACCUCCUGUGUCCAACCGGCAGCCCAAACCCAGAUGAACUGUAAAUUGGCAGAGAGAGCUAAUCGGCACAUGACAAGAACAGAAGUAGAAAGGA